UAGAGGCAGAUUGUUAGUGAAGUUGUUUGGUCAGAAACUAGUCAAGCAGUUAGCAGAACCAUUAAACCAGAUAAUGGGGGGAAACCCUUCCACUGCGACUGCUCUGAGUUUGUGCCAAAUAAUGUGAACUUUUUAUUUCAACUACCCUGGGUCUGUACUAAUCUUUCUGAGCAGAGUAGGAUUUCAUGGACCACUGAAAUUAGCCCAAACACAGGGACCAAUACAGUGAGAGGAACAAAAUAAAGCAAAGAUUAUUAAAAAAAAAAAAAGCUCGUGAUUUGGCAGCAUUACUUAAAUUGAUACAGAGUAGGGAACCACAUAAUAUCUUUCUGCUUUUCUGGAUCAUACAUGCAGACAAUAAUGCUCCUGUAAGGAUAUUUUCCAAUAUGCAAGUUCCUUGUACAUAGCCUGGGAGUGUCAAGAAUUUAGAAAACUACCAAAAAUGGAUGGGUGACACAUUGCUAUCUAGAUUCAUGGCCUAUAAACAGGGAUAGAAAGAAGAUACAAAUCUAUAUGAUCAGCAUUAUGUGGGGAGAGCCCAGUUACUCAGCCAUUGUAUUUUAUAUUUAAACAUAUCCAGUAGGAGGAUUCAUGGAGCUCCAUGAAACAUUUUCAGAAAAACUUCACUGGCCUGAGCAAGAGCUCUCUAAAAAGUCAAUCUUAAAUCCAGAAGAACAUAAGCUGACCAUUAAGAAUGAAAGCAGUCUUCAGCACCUGUCCUCUGGAAUCCUUAAGGAUAUUUUCACAACAGGAACCAGUAGCUACAAUGUCCUUCUGCAAAGCAAAGAGGAGAAAAAACACCACUCUCAAAAGCUGUCAUCUGCCCACCACAAGAGGCACAGAAAGUCCACUAAGUCUUCUACUACCUCGCGAAGCAACGAGCACCGCAAGAUCAAAGUCCCACUGCCUUUGCUCAGCAGUGGCUGGUAUUGCACGAACAGGCAGCCAUCCAUCUUUAUCGCUAGCCCAGUGUCUAGCAGUGUAAAGUUUACACACAGUAUUUCUGUUGCAGGGAACAGCAUAGGACUGCCACCUCGACCCAAAAGCAAGGCUAAGAGACAUUAUUUUUCUAGUCUAACAAAGCCAAAGCAGCCUCAAUUGUCAAAAAGCCAUGGUAAAGAGGUAGAUGUCUCUGGCCGAAAACUCUGUAUACUAACCGCCAUCAAGCCUUCCAAUGUGGAAAAAGAGAAGAUUAAAUUCUUCAAGUCCGAUUUUACCUAUAAUCCUCAAUUUGAAUAUGCAAAUCCUGCAUUGCCAAAUGUGUUAGCUAAGCACAGCCAAGCAUCCAACAAGUUUCUUAAACAGUCUGUCAGUAUUAUGGAACGGACAUUGCAGAAAUAUGGAAGCUAUGAAAAGUUUGAGCAGGCUACAGGAGGCAGCCUGCUACCAAAAAGUCGCAUUUGGAAUCAUGUCAGGAAAUACAUGGUGAAAGAAGGCUGCCUUGGUGAGAUUGUAGUUCAUCUCACUGAGGACCUGCUUUCUCGUGCCUCAAUGACAGUGGUGAAUGGCCGCCCAACUCUGACUAUCAAUGUUUCCACUGCACGUGAGCACUGGCUAGAAGGGAUGCUGAGGCAUGAAAUAGGAACUCAUUAUUUUCGAGGUAUUAACAACAACAGCCAGCCUUGGUGCAAUUGGAAUGGACGUAAAAAGCUUGGGUUAAAGCCAAUCAACCCUACCGAGGAAGGCCUGGCGAGUAUUCACAGUGUCCUGUUCCGAAAAGACCCCUUUCUAUGGAGGGCUGCCCUUCUCUACUACACUGUCUAUCAAGCUAGCCAAAUGUCCUUCAGUCAACUCUUCCAGGAUGUGGGGCGAUUUGUCAAGGACCCCAACACUAGGUGGGAUUACUGUGUACGAGCCAAGAGGGGGUGGACUGAUACUUCCCAGCCAGGCUGCUUCAGUAAGGAUCAGGUAUACUUGGAUGGCAUCCUCCAAAUCCUAAGAUACAGGGAGUCUAUCGAUUUCCACUUGCUGAUGGCUCUUGGAAAGGUCUCUUACGAGGAUGUGGAUCGCUUGAAGGAAUUUGCGGUGAUCGAGAACAUGAGAAUACCACACUUCUUGCAGGACCAUAUCAGAUACAUGGAACAUUUGGAAAAGAUCAUGGAGGUGAAUGAGCUGACUGACCAAGAGCUCCAGGAUCUCAUAGUGUAACAGUCAGUCUCUUUUACCAGAAAUCUGUUCUGUAUGCAGCCGGUUAUACAGAACUGGACUUCACCACAGCUUGCAAAACUAGAAUGAAUCAACUUUGGUUUUGUUUUCUGGCAAAAAUCUAGACUAUUUAGAUUUGUUAAUUUUUAAAAAAAAAAAGAAAAAAUACAAACCUCAGACUAUCGAUUCAGGAAUGUUUCUUUGAAAAAAAGUUUUGAGAUUCUUUCCUCACUCCCAUAGUAUAUAUUGGUGGGGUUGUUUUUUUAAGGUUUUGUGCCUCUUCCAAAUUAAAUUAUGGAUUGAACAUAGACACAUCAUUUAGGAUUUCCCUUGUAACUGGUCAGUCCCAUUGUCCCCUAAAUGGUCUGUACACUGAGCAGGAUCGUUUGAAAUGUCUUGCUUUUAUGAUAUGCUGCUUUUUAUUCUUUCUAAAGUCUGCGUUUUGUAAUUUUUCCCCUUGGCUCACUCGCAUUGGCUUCAUUUCUGGUCAUGGCCUUCACGACAAUCCCCCACAGCAGCAAAAUUAUGGAACUACUAUAGACUAUGCCACCAUCUUCUUAACGCUACCCCAUUGUAUACUGCUUCCCUCCUUGUAAGAUCACAAUGCGCAGACAUGCUCCCUUGCACAACAGCAUUGUCGUUUGGACAUGCGAGAAAGAGGUGAUUUGCACACUUCACAUUUCAAAUAGCAGCAGUUAAGGUUGCUGUGUAAAUGGCUGUGAACAGACUAGAAAGUUGCCCUCUUCCUCCCAAGAGGUGUUGUGCUGUUGCAGCAUUGAAUAUAUGCCUUUCACUGUCCUCCUCCUUGAGACCAGUACAUGUUUCAAGAGGAUGAGCUGCAGGAAAGGGCCUUUUUUUGCCCGUGAGGACUCAUUUAGCAUGUUUAGCAAAUGGAACGUGUUAGUGGUUUGGAAGAAGGACUGGGAUGAACUGAGUUUUCUGACUAAUGUACGCAAUGAAUCCAGAUAGGGGGCCAUAUUUCAUUUCAAAAAGUAAAAGCACCCCUUCGCUCUAACGCCUGAACCCUGUGUGGGUUUGGUUACUUGGAGUGGUUUCGGCCCUAAUGCUGCCAGGAGCUCUGCCCUCAUGGAGCUCACUGCUGGAUUGGGAACUUUAACGGGAGGGGACAACAUUCACAAGUGCCCUAUUCCAAUAUUCAAAGCAACUGAAGAGUUCUGGUACAUCUGAAGCAUCCUGAGCUCUGUUUUGAAUGUGGGUGCCAUACAAAACAAGUAGCGAAAGCACAUAAUUGUAGGAUCAUCUAUUCAAACUAAUAACUUAGGCAAGGCAAGAGGGUUGUUCACUGCAGAGACCACAUUUUCUGAGUCCAGAGUAUUAGGAAAGCACUAAUAGUGGCUCCCUAGCACAUGCUGAAUCGAGCUUUGCACCUAAAGUAUUGGGCUUACUUUAAAUUCAGAUCAUUUUACCAAGGCUAAAUGCAGCCAUUAGGCCCUUGGGUUUCUGGAAGAGUCCCAGACUCACAACUCCUUCCCUUGUGCCUAUGGGGAGUGGGGACAGGAGCACCGUACCGAAGCUGUGAAAAUGGUUCAGCUUGCUUCCCUACCCCCACAUGGGCUCAGCUCUGCUGGUCAGUGUGUUGUCGGAUGGGGGGAAGAGAAUUGGAGCCAAAGUUCCACUCCCCUGCUUUGCGGAGGGAAUACUGGCCACAAUCUUCCCCUCCUCCCAUACAGCAGGCACUGCCUGCAAUAUGUGGCGCAUUAAUGCAGACAAACCAUGGCGGCAGGGAGGUCUGACUCCCCGGCAUGGCUGCAUCUGGCUGAAUGACAAUCCAGCCUCUGGCAUCGAGUUGUGUGGAACUUAGUGGCUUUUGAUUAAGGAAUGGAAUAACUCCCAAAGCCUCUGACUUUACACCAAGUACGAUGGUGUCCAUUCCAGAUUUAAAGUUUAAACAACACAUUUUGUGACCAGUGCGAGGAAAAGAAAUCUCACCUAGCAUAGAGGUUUUUGAAUAACCCAUCAAACCAGCUGCCUUUAAAGUACUAUUACACGCCUGUGCU